GUUUCAGAUUAAAUUUUGAACUGUACUGAAAUUAGAAACUAGCUAUCUGGGAGGGAAAUGGUCCUAGAUAACUUGGGAUGGUGAACCAAACAGUUCAACCGGUUGCUGCAAAAGCGCUACAAUAGAAAAAGCCUGGGUUGAGCGCCAAGGGCGGGAAGAGGGGCGGGUCCUGGCGCGGAGGGGUGGAGCUUGCCCACAGCUCCUCAGUGACAUCACACCGGCUCCGCCCCACGCUUCCCACUCCCGAUACUUCUGCCGCUCGCCUGCGCCCCGGAAGCUGCCCCUGCUCGGGGGUCACGAUGGGCAGCAAGAUGGCUUCCGCCAGCAGGGUCGUGCAGGUAGUGAAGCCACAUACUCCAUUAAUAAGGUUCCCUGACAGAAGAGACAAUCCUAAACUCAGUGCCUCAGACGUUUUGAGAUCUGCUGGGCUUCCCUCUCACUCUUCUGUAAUUUCACAGCAUUCUAAAGGAAGCAUAUCCCCAGAUCUGCUGAUGCAUCCGGGGCCACCAGACACUGCAGAAAUACUAAAAACACUACCUCAGAAAUACAGAAGGAAACCUAUAUCUCAAGAAGAAAUGGACUUCAUCCAGCGUGGAGGUCCAGAAUGACCGCUGUGGCUGCUGUUUGUCGCCAGACAAAAGGAUUAUCUUUACAAUAAAGGACUUCCAAAAUGUCAAAUGAAAAUUGUAUAUUAAGCAACCUUAAUAAAUAUUCUGCAAAAAGAAUGAAGUAUAGAAACUCUAGAUGGCCACUUGUAUCUCCUCAAUGUAUCUUGGUCAGCUUCUCUAGCAAGCUGGUCUGCAUACCUAUUAAAGUCACAUUUUUACAUAUUA